CCACCACAUCCAGCAAACAAGCUUCUCAAGGCACUAUCUGGCUGACUAGCUAGAAUAGACCGCUCGAUAGAGUAGCAUCAUAAGCAAACACCCAUAGACCGAUCAUGGCGGCGCGCGCCAUUGUUGCCCUCUCGCUCAUCCUCGCGCUGGUCGCCAUAGCCAGCGGAGGAGCGUCGGCGCAGCUGUCGUCGGGAUUCUACUCCCGCUCCUGCCCGGGCAUGCUCAAAGCUGUGCGCUCGGCGCUGCACCCGGCCAUCGCUAGGGAGCGCCGCGUGGGCGCCUCCAUCGUCCGCCUCUUCUUCCACGACUGCUUCGUCCAGGGCUGCGACGCCUCGCUGCUGCUGGACGACGCGCCGGGCCUGCGCGGCGAGAAGAACGCCACACCCAACAAGAACUCCGCCAGGGGGUUCGAGGUCAUCGACGCCGUCAAGGCGGCCGUCGAGGAGUGUUGUCCCGGGGUCGUCUCCUGCGCCGACAUCCUCGCCAUCGCCGCCGAGGAGAGCAUCGUCUUCCUGGGUGGCCCUAGCUGGGAGGUGAAGAUGGGGCGGAGAGACUCGACCACGGCGAGCUUCAACGGCGCCGAGAACAACAUCCCGCCGCCGACGUCGGGGCUCGCCAACCUUACGUCCCUCUUCGCCGUGCAGGGGCUCUCCCAGAAAGACAUGGUCGCACUCAGGUGGUACAUAUAUACAUUUUUUUUUGCGGGCAAUCCAGAGAGCUUUUAUUCAAAUAAGAGCAUUCCUAGGACAGUCAGCCAUGAGGCUGGUCACUAGGAAGCUAGGAGUUACAUCCAUCCAACAGUCGGUCACAUUCAGAGUGCAAGCAUGCUUAGCACGGAGAUGCGCCGGUAGGUUUGCUGAUCUAAUAUGCUGAAUAUCAAAGGAAAUGAAGUGAUUACUAAGCUCUCCUAUUUCUAGCAGAAUCGGAGCCACAAUUGAACGAAAACUGUGACGAGUGUUCCAGAGUGUCACUAACUCCGCGCAGUCAAUUUCCAUUAUCACAUGCGAGAUGCCUCGAAGAGUGGCGAAUAAGACCCCGUCUCGCAGAGAUAAAGCUUCCAUAAUCAAGGGGUCUGAAAUCCCUAUAUAUGGCUUGCACCAAGAACCUAACAGAGCUGAUGAGGAUCGGGCGACACCACCUGCGCCGCCUCUCCCCUCAGCAAAGUUCAGUGCACCGUCUGUCGUGAUUUUUACCGUAGUAUCAUCAGGAGGUCUCCAACCAUAGCCGGGCGUAGCCGCUGCCUUACGUGGAAGUUGAAGAAGUGCAAGGGCCUCCUUGAUCGCUCUAAUUGUCGAUGUUGGAUCCCUUCCCUCUUCGCCAUGCUUGAUACGAUUUCGAGAGUGCCAUAUGGACCACAUUACGGUGGUGAUUUUUGCUCGGUCAUCAUCAGAAAAACGGGGAUCACAUGUGAUGUCGCGAGCCCAUGAGUCAGGAUGGAGUCGGGGCAGCCUGAUGUCAAACCAAGCACAUGCCUCGUCCCAGAAUCGUUGCGCAUGAGAGCAGUGAAUAAGAGCAUGCUCCAGAUCCUCUCUCAUCGCUAAGCAGACUUUGCAUCGAUUAAUUGGUGCAAUGUGACGAUAGUUGAGAGUAGCUUUAUCCGGAAGAAUCCCACGAAGAACUCUCCACCAGAAAACCCUCACUUUCGGUAUGACAUUCAAUUUCCACAAGGCCUUCCACAACUGAUGAUCGUCCACUGAGGUUCCGGUAGCCCGUCCCUUCCUCCAGAGCCAAGCGCUCUUUAUGAGUCAUUAGAGCAUGGUACGCUGUCUUCACCGUGUAGUUGCCUGAUUUCUCGAAUGCCCACGCAAAUGAGUCCUCACCUCCCCCUUGCCUGAUCGGAAUGUUCAAAAUGGCAUCGGCGUCCGGGGCGACGAAAGUGUCCCUAACCACAUCUUGCCGCCACGACCACGUGGUCGUAUCAAUAAGCUCAUGCACCAUUUGAAUGGUGGUACUUGGCGGUUUGAAGAUUGGUUUCAUCGAGAUCGUUCCAGCAAUCCAUUUGUCAUUCCAUACUGAGAUCGUACUGCCAUCAACCACUCGAGCGAUCAGCCCAGCCCCUAGAGCCUCCCUUCCCGCCAAGAUUGCCUUCCAAGUGGCCGAGGCCGACUUUGGAGCAGAUGCGUGCAUAAAAUCUCCGUCGGGAAAGUAGCGGCCCUUGAGCACUCUAGCACACAGCGAUGUUGGGUUUGUCAUUAAUCGCCAACCCUGUUUGCCCAGCAUGGCAAGAUUAAACUGAUGUGGUUCACGGAACCCCAUCCCUCCUUUGCACUUAGGUGUGGCCAACUCGUUCCAGGACACCCAAUGCAUAGAUUUUUUAUCCAGAGAACUGCUCCAGAAAUAUUUUGCCAUAGGAGAAGUUAAGCUCUUGCAGACUUUCUUUGUUAGAAGGAAAGUACUCAUUGGAUAGGUCGGGAUAGCCUGGACGACCGAUUUCAACAGAACCUCGCGGCCGGCACAAGCUAGUAGUUUUUCUGACCAUCCUUGAAUUUUUCCACGGGCUCUCUCACUGAUGUGUUCAAAAGUGCCGCUUGUGAUGCGUCCCACAGCAGUUGGGAGGCCGAGAUACUUUGCGUUGAAAGCUUCAACUUGGAUAUUCAGAGUUGACUUCCAAAGUUGCCUCAAAGAAUCAGGUGUGUUAGAACUGAAAUAGAUAGCAUUUUUUUCACGGUUUACACACUGACCUGAGGCCUCACCAUAGAUUGACAGAAUGUCAUUGAGACAGAUAGCACUUGGGUUGCUUGCAUUAAUGAAGAUCAGGCUAUCGUCAGCAAAAAGUAGAUGAGUUACCCAAGGUGAUCUGUAGCUCACCCUUAAGCCUCUAUCCACAACACCUCCAUUGUAAUACUUGAGCAAUGAGGAAAAUCCUUCUGCACAGAGAAGAAAUAAAAACGGCGAAAUUGGAUCUCCUUGCCGGAACCCUCUUGAAGGCGUGAAAAAAGGCAGGAGCUCGCCAUUAACCCGCACAGAGAACCGGACAGAGACACAUUUCAAAAUAAGCCUUACAAAAGAAAUAUUGAAACCAAGCCUGAUCAAUAUUGCUUCAAGGAAAUGCCACUCGACACGGUCAUAUGCCUUCAUCAUGUCGAGCUUGACCGCACAAGAAAUUUUUUUGCCUUUCUUCCUUCUCUUCAUUGUGUGCACACUUUCAUAUGCAACUAGGACGUUAUCAGUGAUGAGUCGGCCAGGUACAAAAGCGCUUUGCUCCUCGCUAAUAACGCUAUCCAUGAUACCUCUCAUUCGGUUAGUGAUUGCCUUGGCCGCUAUUUUAUACAAGACCGAACAGAGAGCAAUGGGGCGAUAUUGGGAGAUCAUUUGGGGGUGUCUAACCUUUGGUAUAAGGGUGAUGGAUGUAUCAUUCAAGCCAGAUGGUAAUUCACCUCCAUUUAGGAAGUCCAUAACUGCCUGGGUCACUGCCUCGCCCAACAGAUCCCAAUGUCUUUGGUAGAACCCAACAGUGAAGCCAUCCACCCCGGGAGCUUUUGAUGGCACCAUUUGAAAUAGCGCCGUCCUCACCUCUUCGGGAGUGUAGGGUUUUGUUAACUCAUCAUUCAUGGCCUCUGUCACUUUGACAGGAACAUGAGAUAACAGAUUUCCCGCGUCCGAAUAGCCCUGUGACUGGUAUAGGUUUUGAUAGAAGCUCUGCACUUCAGCCUUAUCCUCGUCUUCGUUCGCGCACACAGAUCCAUCAGCCCUCGUGAGUCCCUGUAUUUUGUUCAUGCGUUUCCGCUGGGAGGCUUGCGCUUGGAAGUAUGACGUAUUGUGAUCCCCCUAUCGGAGCCAGGGGACGCGAGAGCGCUGCCGGAACCACACUUCUUCCUGGUGGAGUGCCUCCUUCAAUUUCUGGACUAUCCUUAUCUCUUCGUCUGAUGGGCCCCUACCCAUCGAAUGACACCGGAUGCGCUCGAGCUUCUUCUGAAGAUUGCGGACGGUCCGUGUCAGAGAACCAAA